CCGAGUAUGUCGGGCACGGGGCCAUUGAAUGCCAGGAUGGCACGGAGCCAAUAUUUUGUUACAUAACAGCGGCAUAUGAGAGAAAGAUCGACAUCAUCAGCUCAUAACCCAGCCCCGGUUUCACACUUAUCUAAGAUCCAGCACCUGACUAUAGCUGUAUUAUUAGUUUGUCCUUAUUGCUUCUCUACCGGGUACCAGCAAGGUCAUGACCACCACGGCACUACUCCAUGGAAAAUCAGUCUUAGUAACUGGAUCCACUUCUGGAAUAGGAUGGAGUAUUGCUACCCAGUUUGUAAAAGCUGGGGCCCAAGUAAUGCUGCAAGGUUUGGAGAAAGAGAGUGAGGUGGGUCAUCUUAUCUCCCAAUUGGAGGGACUUGCACCAUCAGCACGUGUCGCCUACACUCAGGCUGACCUUUCCUCGGAAAAGUCAUGCAACCAUCUCAUCGCUCACACCGCCGAUACUUUGAGAUCGUUGGACAUUCUGGUGAAUAAUGCAGGAAUCCAAUUUACAUCUCGUACAGAAAGCUAUCCAACAGAAAAAUGGGAUGCUGUACUCAAGCUAAAUCUUUACGCACCGUUUUUCCUAAGCAGGGCUGCUCUUCCGGAAAUGUACAAAAAAGGGUGGGGACGUCUCGUGCACAUUGGAUCAGCACACAGUCUCAGAGCGUCUCCAAAUAAGUCUGCUUACUGCGCCGCGAAACAUGGGGUGCUUGGGAUGUCGAAAGCCAUUGCGCUAGAAGCCGCCGGACGCGGUGUGACGAGUAACACGAUUUGUCCAGGGUGGGUUCUGACUCCGCUGGUUCAGAAACAGAUUGACAACAUUGCACGCGAACGAGGAAUUUUAGAAGAAGAAGCCAAGAAGCUACUUUUACUUGAGAAACAUCCCGCAGCUGAAUUCGUAACGCCGGAAAACUUGGGCGCUUUUGCAGUAUUUCUGAGUUCAGACAAUGCAAGCCAGAUUAAUGGAGCUGCGCUAACAAUGGAUGUGGGAUGGACGGCAAGAUAAGUUGGUCAGAGGGGCUAUGGAAAAAAAUUAAAACUCGUGAUGCAGUCUAUUUUCUUAUAGUGGUGCUAAAUGUAUACAUGACUUUCCCAAUGUGACAUUUAUAUUGAAUAAAAUCAGAAAAUCUUGCAAAAUAUG